AUGAAUCAUAUACCUUAUAUAUUAAAUGCUGCUUAUUGUGAUACAGAAAAAGUUCUUAAUAAUUUAAGCUUAGCAAAGAGUAAUAAUGACAAUUAUAAAACUGUAUGUGAUUUGAUUUCUAAUAAUAAAAUCAAAAUUCCAAAAUUAUAUCGUUCAAUUAUUAUGAAAUUGCUUAGAAUAACUCCUGUAACAAAAAAGAUUGUUGGUGAAGAAUUUAACAAUUGGUUGAAAUCAUUUCUACAUACUGAGGUAAAUACAUAUGUUAUAAUUCCAGAUAUAGCUAAAAGAGAUUAUUACGAUGUUCUAAAAUUUCUCAAAGAUGGAAGAGGUCAUAUUAGUAAUCGCCAAAAUCGUUUAUUAGCUGAUCAAUGUAUUUAUGGAUAUUAUUUAGAAAUAUUUUUUCAUCAUCAUUGUGAAGAACGUAACAAAGGUAAUACAAAUCAAACUUUUAAAGAAAUUAUAGAAGAAACAUUUAAUAUUACUGAUACAUAUGGAAGAGUUUUACGAUGGGUUGGUCGACUUUGGCAUGAAUAUAAAAACAUAGAAAAACUUUCUAUAAGCAUACAUCGUUUAUUUGUUUUAAAUCUUUUUAAACUCUAUCCAGAAUUAGCAAAUGAUUGGAAAGAACCAGUUACUCCGACAUUGAAUAACAUUGAAGACUCAUUAAAUAAUGUCAAUCUUUAA